AUGCACACAUCUAACAGAUUUCACCCUGUCUAUGGCUGUGUUUUAAUCCUGGUUAGCGUGAUGUAUGUCAAUGUUGAAGCGAAAUGUCCGGCUGGCCUGAAGAACAAGACGUAUCGGCGUGACCUUUCUAGAAUCUGCCCUGCCUGCAUAGAGGUUUCGUGGUUGAUUCGACCGCCUUUUACUUUUCAAAACGGCAAUUAUACUUCAGGAAUACUACCAGGUACUAAGGUUCAAUUUUUUUACAAACAUCUCACUUUAAAAUCUGUAUGAAUGCGGGACCAUGUUUUGCUGCCUCCAUACGAUUGCAUCGAACAAAGUGUGACCUACCCAAGGUAGUAACAAUUAAGGUGGGAGGGGACGAGAUGUGUUGUUAACUGUUCGCAGAAGUGCUUAUAUUGCGAUGCCUAAUUUUCAUUUUGUAUAGCCAUUUUUAAAUAUGGAUAGUACAUUGACAGUAUCACUAUAAAAUUGUUUAUUUAAUAUUUGUAAGCGUCAAUCUUAGAGCCUGUUUACAUGGAGUGGGGGAACCCGAUUUAGUGGGGUAAGUUUCUUUUGUUUUCACGCUCUUGGGGACACAAAACAAAAGAAACUUACCCCACUAGACCGGGGUCCCCCACUCCAUGUAAACAGGGUCUUAGACGCAGGGGGCUGCGAUCCGUUGCCUCAAUUAAGCCUUUGGGCCCGGGGGUUACUUUAGGAAUUUCUGGAUGGGGAUGUGCCGCUGGGACCCUGGAACCCGUAACCUAUACCAGCUAGUUCAGCUGAAUUUUGCUACCCUAUACUAGAGUAAACUCCCCAAAUCCCCCCUAUCCUAGAGUAGCUGUUUCCCUAGUCUAUAUAAAAUCUUCAACCAACUGAUCAGUUUCCUGAAAAAUGAUACCCUAUUCUAGACCCAAACCAAGAGUAAACUGCCUGAAAACCAUAUCCUUCAAGGCGGCACAUACCUAUAUAGCCCAUAUAUGGCAGUACCCCACUCCCCCGGCCUUUGGGUAGGUCGAGAUUCUCGUUUACCAUGAAAAGCACGUGGUUGUAGAGGUAAGGUUUGAAAAUGCCGAGAAAUUGGUAUUUCCAAUGAACUUCGCAGAAAUACUGUUGAGUUUGGAGGCGCCGCCCCACCUAAUACAUUUUACCCAGCUUUCGUUCGAGAAAAAUUUAUCGCGCCUUUAAAUUUGGUUACGUGGCUUCUCGUGAUAUUUCGUUACAGCUCUGCUGGAUCUGAUGUUAACCAAGUGCUGCGGGAACCACACCCCAAGCUGCUGGCAAGUGACGUAUCAUCCCCCGGUUAAAAACCCUGAGCAGCUGCUCCGUUUGUCACGUGAUUCUCACGUGAUCUACCCAGUCAUUGUUGAUAAGCAAGAAGCGGUCAGUCUGGAUCAUAACCUGAUUAGUCUGAUACCUCCUUCCAGUAUUGGGUUUGUCGUUCCUAGAGGCAAGAGGGAAAGCUUCCCAAAGAAACUUUUAAUGUCUGUGUUCGAAGCAUGGCCAGUGUUAAUAUUAACUAUUCUUCUUUCAAUUUUGGCUGGUGUCCUUUUGUGGGUACUGGUAAGUGGAAUUGGCCAUGUGCAUGAGCUGGAUUUUUGAAAAUAUCACCGCCGCCUUUACCUCGCUCUUUCUAUUUUUCCUUUCCUUGUUCUUGACUAAUGUAAUUUUCGGGCUUAUCAGACGCCAAAAAAACCCUGCCUUUGGCCUUUUUUACGUAAAUGGCUGCAAUUUCGCAAAAAAAAUCCGGCUAAACGUACCACCGGCAAAUUAUUUAGGGGAUGCGUAAUCAAACAACUUAAUACGCGCUUCCGAAGCGUUUUAGGGGGCUAAUCCACCUACCUAAUCAGCUUGGGCUGCCGACUGCACAAUGCAGUGGUUUUUAAAUAUUUUGGUAAGUUUAGAUUAUUACUACACUUUUUUCUAGCUUGAGUGUAUAGCUACUCCUCGUCCGUGGAAUGUGAUUAUAGAUAUUGUAGGUCGUAGGGGGAAACGUAACGUGAUCCGUCCGCCAUUUGUCUUUCUGCUGCACAGACGAGGGCCUCCAUUUUUCAAUUGGGCUUUGACACAGGCAGACCAAUAAUGAAGCAAUGAUUUCUGUCACUGCCACAGUGACGCAACACCGCAAAUUUCUUCUUGACGAUGAAAACGUUAUGGGGAGGGUGGCGAAUUUUUGAGCCGCAUCAGGAGUAAUCGGCUCCUGGCCGCAUGAAUUUUUUUCGUUGACAUUUCCCUGGUAUGAAUUAUUUUUUUAAGCCAGACCAUGAAUAUUCUUAGGGAUAUUACUUGGCGUGCAUGAAUUUUUUUCAUUUAAUUUUCCCUUGCACGAAUAUUUUUUUGGUACUUCGCCCCUCCCCCUCCUCCCCAUAAGUUUUCUAAUGGUCCUUCCCUAAGAAAAUACUGGUUAAUUGUCGUUUCAAAUCGACAGAAGGUCUUUUGUUCUUGGAAACGUAAAAUGGCCGCCAAAAGACGUCACAUGACAACUAUAAAUUCACAUAUUUUUCAAAGAUUUAUUGUACAGAGGCUGUGCUUACAUUUAAAACAUGCUAUUGCCAGUAGGAAUUGAGAAAACAGUGUUAUGUAACUAAAUUUUGGGGUUUGUGUUUCAGGAUACUUGGUUUAACGAGGAACAAUUCCCUCGCAACUUUUUCAGAGGCUCGUGGGAAGGAUUCUGGUGGGCAUUUGUUUCCAUGACAACCGUGGGGUAAUGUAUUAUAAUAAGGGUGAUCCAUCUCCAUAACUACGGUAGAGUUACAGUAGAAUCCCGAUUUCUCGAGCCAUCGGUUUUCUCGAAAUUCUUAAUAUUUCGAACCAAACCCAACUUUCCUUUACGCGUUAAACACUUUAAUUUUUAUUCCCUAUUUUUUUCAAACCUCCUGAUAAUAGACCUUUCCCACAUUCCUGUAAACAAAGGCACCAACUCGAGGCUUGGGUGGACAAAAUACAGUGAUUUGUAUGAAAUUGUUCACCCGAGCCUCGUCCUCAUUUCUUUAUGUUUUCUCACUGAAGCGUAAUGCGGGAAAGCUCUAUUGCCCACAUUCGAUAUAGUAAAAUUCUAACAUGACUCCGAGGCUUUAGGGUCAAAAUUGCAAAUUUCUCACAACUCUGUUGUCUCACAAUUCCCAUCAGAGACUUGAGCACAAAGAAAACCAAACCAAAUACAGAAAAAUGACCACAAAGCCUCCAGUCAUGUUAAAAUUUUAAUAUGUAGAACGUGAACUAUUCGAAUCAAUUUGCUUUUCUCCGGUUGUUCGAAAAAUCGGGAUUCUAAUGUAUAUUCAUAUUUGGAUUAGUUCCACGUUGUUUUCACAGGGAUAAGAGGUACUCUUGGUGAUGGCCUGUAGUAAAAUCUGCCUUUAAACUUUCUCGUUUGACACCGGUAAAAUUCAUUUCUCAUUUUGAGUUAAAGCAGGACAGAAAAAAUGCGGCAGAACAAACAAACAAAAAGAGACAACUUCGCAAGAAAGGGAACCUAGAUGUCCCCCUAUUUUCCGGCUUAGUCCGCCUUAGCGAUUGUAACCAAAUGUUGUAUAUAUAAUCAGUUCUCUGUAGCUUUUAUUCUUCACUCCAUUAAAGCAUAUUUCUUCACAUGUUCAUAUUUUAGAAUUCUGUACUCUGUUCUACACUUAAAGGAUUCAUCGACAUCAAUGCGCGCAAAACUUGAUGAUCUAAACUCAAUCCACACACUUCUUCAGCUCAACGUCUCCGAACGACUACACAGUUCUAACAAAAAGCUCAGUUUUUCAGAUCACGUGACGGAUUUUCCCGCCACAAUGACGCAAUAAUUUCUAACAGCGAUUACGUAUUACCAUCGAUGUUGCCUUCGAUUUCAAGUUUCACUCUUAUUGCUGUUUUUUCCUUGUGUGAAAACAUAGGUACGGUGAUCGAGCGCCCAUUUCUCUGUUGGGAAGAACUUUUGCGGUGUGCUGGAUUCUAAUUGGAAUCUGCAUUUGCUCAAUAUUCACCGCUACUUUGACUACGUCACUUACAACUAUCAGCCUCGACACCAAGAAGAGUCUACCAGGUUCCAAGGUGAGGAUCUCCCAUUUUUGUCUGUUUGAUUCACAAAAGGUUCGCUCCUUUAUAAUUUAACAUCUUAUUUGUUUUGUUUUUAAUUAUUCUAUUUUUUAAGAAAUUUACUUUACUGGUCAAGGAAAUUUUCUAUUAUAAUUCUCUUUGUCCCUGGGGAAAGCCUUUCGCCAAUAAAAAUUAAACCCGCGUACACGGACACCCGUUAAUGCGGACAUCGGACACUUGUGCUUCGCGCAAUCAACAGAUUCUCAUAGAAAGUCAACGUCGCUUAUUUAUGGGGACAAUUCACUGUCAACUGUGUUUGUAAUAAGCCUUUCCUCCUCGAAGGAAUAAAAACCUGUAGUAGCCAGCAUGUCGUUGUUCCCAACGCUACAUUACACUGGAAGUGUGUUUUUUACUCAAAGAGCACGACCUGCUCAAUUCAGACACCCUGUUAAUACUGACACUUUCUAUGACCCCCUCAAUGUCCGUAUUAACGGGGGUUUUUGUGUAUUGAAUUAACAUGAAAUGUUUAUUUAUACGUGCUUCUUAUUCUGUUUAGGUUGGAGUUAUAAAGCGUUCCAUAGAAAUGGCAUUAGCUAUGCAGCAACAAGCUGAUAUUAAACGUAAGCAAAGUUUUGUUCUAUUUGAGGUUUAUGGGGCUUUGAACCCAAGGAUUAAGUUUACAAUCUCAUUAUAACAUAUGUGCCUGCUAUGCUGACUUUGAAAACUUGUUAUCUUGUGUGUGAUGUAAGGAGAAAAAAUCAGACCGCAACCUUUGCUCAUCCUCUACAGGCUCCAUUACCAGCCACUGUUACUAAUAAGGGAAGAUCCCUGUUGGGUUAGCCUAUCAGAGUGUGGCAAAGUAUAAUCUGUGACGUCAGAGGGAAUAUAACUAACCUUUAUUCCCCCGAGUUUUCCAUGCGUUCGCUUUGCUUUGGUUGUUUUUUUGCUUAAAGCCUUUGUGUGCACUAUCUUCUAGUUGGUUUAAUGUAUCAGUUGCGUUCAUACGCGAAAAUCUUUCGAGUUUUGCGAUUCUGCUUAACCCUGCAUGGACAUCAGCAUGUAUAAACGGUCACGUGAGUCAACAUUCGCUCAAGACUCGUAUGCUAAAUAACGCCUUAGAUUUGAUUCUGUCAAGUUGACCCAUGUUAGAUUGCUUUAAUUUAUCCCUCUCACAAUGUAGACCAAAACGAUAUUAUUUUUGUUAUUGUAGUCUACAACUCUGUUGAGGAAAUGAGUGUUGCCUUGGACAAUGGAGUUAUUGAAGGUAUUCUUACUCAGCUCCAGUUAGCUGCUUUGAGCUAUUUAUCCUCCCUUUACUUAGUCCUUUGAAAGAGGAUCGCAGCGGCCAUCAUUACAAAUGGUAAUGCUACUGACGUAAUAAACAGCGUUAGACAUUUUUAAGUUAACCGUGGGACUGGGUCAGUGUUGAGGAUUAUACUUCACCAUUGGACUGUUUUGAGGACUUUUUCGCUUCUUUUAUUGGCUCAUACGAGGCUGUACAGGAAUUUGGGUCAGAAUUCGUCCCCCAGAACAGACCAGAACUUGGUCAAGAGCUAAAAUAUCGCUUAUCAACGGCUCGCCUCAUGACAAGCCAUCCAAGCGUUCAUUCCGAUCACAAAGCUUCGAGUGUAUUGCUACUUUAAAUUAACCUGAAUAACUGAACUAGAAGACUUUAAAGACUUUUGAAUUAACCUAGGAAAGCUUCGCCCAAACGCACUCAGAGCCUUAUGUUCUGAAUGAACGCUUGAAUGGCUUGCCAUUUAACGAGGUGUUGCUAAGUGGUAUUCAAGCACGUGACCAAGUUCUGCAAAUGAUACGCCAUAAUCUACGCCAGUCUCAUCGGCAGCCUCGACAUGGGAAAUACCUAUCUUAGGAUAGCUAUAGCAGAGAGGUUGAAACUUUAGCUUUUGAGAGUUGAUGUUAAGCAGCCUUAAAAUUACCCAAACGAUUAUUCCGCAGUUGCCGUGAAUGGAAAGUCGGUUCCAGUUUAUUGCCGACCCAGCAUACGAAGAGGCUAUUUACUAUAUCGUCUUAACCUUAAUUUUAACUUAGUUGUUUGUUGCUACCUUCAUAUACUCGUUACUCGAGGCAGGUAACGAUGACGAAAUACUUGAUGAAAACGUCCCAAGAAAGCAUUUCCAUAUUAAAAAUUUUGCAGUUGCCCUAAUUUUGAAAUGUUGGAAAAGGCCUGUUUUGUCUACUUGCCAUCUUAUGCUAUUUUUGUAUUGCAGGCGUACUGUUGGACAAUUAUCAAAUAAGUCACUACACAGAGACACUAUUCCCAGACAGUAAAUUCAAAACAGAUGAAAUCAUUAAAGUUGAGUCGCUGUCAUAUGGCGCGGUUGUGAACGAUACAUAUUUGAGAAAGUGUUUCAGACGUUUAAUCGCUGAAGACAAAUACCUGCUUUACGACUUUACAAGAAACGAACUUACAAAAACACUUAAGGUAACUAUAACCAAAUUGAGGGGUUUUUUUGGUCCGUUGACAUAUCUCAGUUUGGUUUUAUUCCAGAUCAAUGUUGUAGGUAUAUUCUUUCUUGGAGGGUGUAUGACCGAGUGGUCAGCGUAUCGGGCUCGUAAUCCAGACGUCCUGGGUUCGAGUCCAGCCCUUACAUACCAUCAAACUAGCAUCUGGAUUAUUUGUUUCCCGGUGAUCCCGAGUUAAACCCCCCCAACCAUGCUUGUAAAUAAACAACUGGCGCAUCCUGCGAGCUGAAAUUUUUUCUUGUCAUGUUUUGUUCCUUUUGGUUCAUUUCUUAGUUCCCGCAGAAAACAUUAGCGCACUUCAUUCAUGUACAAAGCAUUGACCAUUUAACAUUUCAAUUGAUAAAUUGUCGAAUUAGAUCAUAUGUUUUGCUUGACAGUGAUGAGGAUUUCCCCCUCCCCGUUUUUUUUGGCUUAGCACUAAUUGCUACAUCUGAUCACCCUAAGCUGGAAGAGGAGACUGUUUUUUUCGCCAUAUCCAGAUUACGAACAGUAGUAUCGGUUGUUUUCUUUUUUUAAGUUUCUUGUAUUCACAGAACUAGUGUAUAGAAAUAAUUCUAUUUACAAAUAUGCUAAGUAAAAAAUAUUUAACAUACUUUUAGCUUCUAAUAGGAAAGAGUCGAUUGUGUCCCAUCAGAUUCAGUGGUAGGUUAAAGUUGGAAGAUUCAAAAAAUGGUGAAUUUUCAUAAAACUUACUGUUCGAAUUUUUUAGUUCUUAAACAAUCCCUCACCCUUAUUCAAAAGUACAUAUUAAAGGGUGUAAACGCCGUAUGAUAGACGAGUUUUUAUCUUUAUUGUUUAGGGAGGAGGAGAUGAUGAAGCCGUGCAGAAUUCUCAGAGUAUUUUCGAUCCCACUGGUGAUCUGUUUUAUCCUUCUUUAUACACCUGCAUCGCUCUUGUGGUUAUCAUUUUCCUGGUGGGUGUGGUAACCGAGCUGUUUUGCUUCAGAACUGGCCGAUGCAAACUUUCAAAGAAAGGCAAGGCUAUCAAUCAAAUAUAAAUAACUAUGUACCUACCUAAUCUGCUACAGUACUGUGUAUUAAUAAUUGUCUAAAUAUUAGAAUACGUUCUCUUGAAAAUGAAACAAGCAGAAUCGAAUCGAUCACAAUGCACUGACCACAAAACAUUAUUAAUCAGCCAUAUAAAGAACUAAGCACAGCGCUACAGAGUCUCCUUUGCAGGUGCCGCUCGGGCCAGAGCCACACAGUAGGGAGCUUUAGCAUCGACGACGGCAACGGCAGCGAAAACGUCAGUUUUAAAAUGAAUUCCCGAUUUUUCAAUCUUUGUCGCGUUUAUUCUAAUUUGCUGAAAAUGGUAAGUGUAGGCGAAUUUCCCUGGAGUUGAUUUCUUGAGGACCGCACUCAAGUUUAGAGAGAGAAAAAGAGAUUCGUCGUCGCUUGUUUACGUCCGCCAUAAAAUUUGCAAUUAGGCAUUUUCACGUCGUAGUCGUGCAAGGACGGUAAAGAAAUGUACAAAAAAGCGUGAUUGUUUUGCUAAUAUAAACCUAUUGCUUUUUUGACGUCCUCGUUGCCGUCGCCGUCGUCGUUGCUAAAGCUCUCUAGUAUUACCCGCGAGGGAGACUGGACUCAACGUAAUUACAUGUAACAGAUGCAUGCGCGGGAAACCCGCCUAAAGCAAGUUUCACGUAACCUCUCAGUAACUGGCUAAAAAAAUUGGCGCGAAUGUUAUUAGCCAAUCAAGAUGUACCGCAACGCAAUACCAUUUAUCAAGUCACGUAAUUCAAAACCGCUCCGGUCUCUUGUGUUAAACACGGUCAGAGUUUCAAGGCCUUGGCAGCUCAGCUACACCCAAACUGCCCUCAAGUGUUCCCCGAGUCGCAGACGUUCCUCCGCGCGAAACGUCCCCAGCGACGAAGAGCGAGGAGAAACGGCUGUUUUCGCAGGCUACCAUGGUCUACGAUAAACCAGUUUUUGAGAUUAGGAGCUGAUAAAAUGAAUUUUUUUUCCUUUAAGGAGGAAAUCAUUCCGACGCCAUACCCUUGUCAAAAGUGAAAGGAGAUACUGCACUGGAUCAGUUAGAGAAGGAAAUGCUGGGCGAAGUACAAGCUUUGUUCAACAAGUACCGCGACAGAUUGGAAGAAGUUAAAAAUCAGGAGAAUAAUGGAAAUGCCAUGAGUAUGCAUUCUACAGUUUAAACUGUACCCGUUACCAAGAGACGCAACACAUUUCAAAUGCUUGCUCCCGCAGUAGUCACUUCAUCGCCAUAUAAACUGGUGAUGAACCUACCGAUUUUCUUCGUAAAAUUACGGGCAUCCUCGAUGUGAGCCUUCUUUGGAAAUGCAUGUUCGGUUAAUCUUCGCAAGCUCUCAAAUGAUAUAUAACAUUCACGGCCCUAUUGCAUUUUGCUUCAUGCCAUUCUGUUUGAAGUUCGUCGUCGUGAAGAUGUCCCUGAUUUUGGAAAAACUGGUCAUAGAAUACUGCCUUAAAAAGCGAACAGUUUUUUUAUUCUUUUAAAAUGCGCUUUCUUAUUAACAUGUUUGUUCCAGAAAUACCUUUAAUUUUGAAUGGUAGUUCUGCAACCGGCCCGAUUAAAUAUUGAUAUUACA